AGGAAGAAACUACAACUAGUACUAGUUGUAUGCAGUAUUGUUGUCGACUUGUGGGUGUGGGUAUAUAUAUAUAAGACUAUGAAGAACUCGCAGGGCGAGAUGGCGAUAUUCAUUUUGUCGUCCAUGUUUUUGUUAUUUCAGCUGCAGUUGUCAGAAUCUUAUGAACACACUCAAGGUGAUGCUUUGAUAGCACUGAAGAACAGCUUGAGGGAUCCAAUGGGUGCUCUAGAAAGCUGGCAACCAAGCAAUCCCAAUGAUCCGUUUUCAACCCCGGCUUACUACCCCUGCGGCGAACGGGACGGAAUCAGCUGGUUUCAUAUUACCUGCGAUGGGGAUAGUGUUAUGAGAAUUGAUCUCGGAAAUUAUAGUCUAUCGGGUCAACUGCCUGGUGAUCUUCAAUACCUUCCAAAGUUACAGUACUUAUCCCUAUAUGAAAAUAACAUAAGAGGUGAAAUUCCUCCCGAGCUUGGCGAGUUAACAAACCUGAUUUCGUUGCAACUGAGCGAUAACAACUUGAGUGGUUCCAUCCCUUCUACUUUGAGCAAAUGCACUAAACUCAGAUUUGUGAUGCUCCAAAAUAAUCGUUUGAAUGGUACUAUUGCCCCGUCACUAGCCAUGUUUAAUGCAGUUCAGAGAUUUGUCGGGCAACUGUCUAAAUCUGAUGGAUAAUCCCAUUUCCGAUCCUAGUGUUGUCGCGAAUAACAACCCUCCACGUUGUGCUUCUCCACCGUGAACAACAUUUGUACGUGCAUCGGAAUAAUGUAUGUGAUCGUGCGAGCAUCAUCAUCUUCCAUUCUAAGUCAUGUUUCCUUAUAAUUCUAUGUUUGUGUUUUGUUUUGGGUGCUUGAGUGCGAGCACCCGACUGAUCAAUUUGGAU